AUGGUGUCGCUACUCCCGCCGCAGUCUGACGCCACGCUGCCCGGCCCCGCCAGACUGGAGGGCGAGCCCCAGGGGGACCUCAUGCAGGCGCCGGGCCUCCCAGGCUCACCCGCCCCACAGAACAAGCUUGCCAGCUUCAGCUGCUCAUCAUUUGCGCCCGACGGCCCCCCAGAGAGGGCAUCCUCGCUGCCCCCACAGAGCCCCAGCGUUGCGUCCCCUGGCCCUGAGCAAGUCCACUGCCCAGCCGGCGCUGGCCCGGGCCCCUUCCGGCUCUCACCCUCAGACAAGUUCACCAGCUUCGGCUUUGAGGAGGGCCCUGCAAGCAGCCCUGGGCACUUCCUCAAGGGCGGCCAUGGGCCUUUCCACCCAUACAAGCGGCACUUCCAUGAGGACGUCUUCCCCGAGGCCCAGACCGCCCUGGCCCUCGAUGGACACUCCUUUAAGACUCCGGGGGCGCUGGAGACCUUCGAGGAGAUCCCCGUGGAUGUCGGGGAGGCUGAGGCCUUCCUGCCUGGCUUCUCGGCAGAGGCCUGGUGCAACGGGCUCCCCUACCCCAGCCAGGAGCACAGCCCCCAAGUCCUGGGGUCAGAGGUCAAGGUCAAGCCCCCAGCUUUGGAGACCGGUCCUGGGAUGUACUGUUACCAGCCUCCCUUGCAGCACAUGUACUGUCCCUCCCAGCCCUCCUUCCACCAGUACUCACCAGGUGGCGGCGGCUACCCAGUCCCGUACCUGGGCUCCUCACACUAUCCAUACCAGCGGAUCGCACCCCAGGCAAGCACCGAUGGGCACCAGCCUCUCUUCCCCAAACCCAUUUACUCCUACAGCAUCCUCAUCUUCAUGGCCCUUAAGAACAGUAAAACUGGGAGCCUUCCUGUCAGCGAGAUCUACAAUUUCAUGACGGAGCACUUUCCUUACUUCAAGACAGCGCCCGACGGCUGGAAGAAUUCUGUUCGCCACAACCUUUCUCUCAACAAGUGCUUUGAGAAGGUGGAGAACAAAUCAGGAAGCUCCUCUCGCAAGGGCUGUCUGUGGGCCCUCAAUCCGGCCAAGAUCGACAAGAUGCAGGAGGAGCUGCAGAAGUGGAAGAGGAAAGACCCUAUCGCUGUGCGCAAGAGCAUGGCCAAGCCAGAAGAGCUGGACAGCCUCAUCGGAGAGAAGAGGGAGAAGCUGGGCUCCCCACUGCUGGGCUGCCCACCCCCCGGGCUGGCAGCCUCCGGCCCCGUCCGGCCCCUGGGCCCUCCAGUUGGGCUCUCCCAGCCACUGCAUUCCAUCCACCCAGCCCCAGGCCCCAUUCCUGGCAAGAACCCCCUGCAGGACCUUCUUGGGGGACACGUGCCCUCCUGCUACGGGCAGACAUAUUCGCACCUCUCACCGGGCCUGGCCCCUCCUGGACCUCCACAGCCAUUGUUCCCGCAGCCAGACGGGCACCUUGAGCUGCGGGCCCAGCCAGGCACCCCCCAGGACUCGCCUCUGCCUGCCAACACCCCGCCCAGCCACAGCGCCAAGCUGCUGGCCGAGCCUUCCCCGGCCAGGACCAUGCAUGACCCCCUGCUGCCAGACGGAGACCUUGGCACUGACCUGGAUGCCAUCAACCCCUCUCUCACCGACUUUGACUUCCAGGGAAAUCUGUGGGAACAGCUGAAGGAUGACAGCUUGGCCCUUGACCCCUUGGUACUGGUGACCUCGUCCCCGACAUCAUCUUCGAUGCCGCCGCCCCCGCCGCCCCCCCAUUGCUUCCCGCCUGGGCCCUGUCUGGGAGAGACGGGCAGUGGGAGCGGCGACUUGGCACCCCCAGGCGGUGGGGGCUCCGGGGCUUUGGGUGACCUGCACCUCACCACUCUCUACUCGGCCUUCAUGGAGCUGGAGCCCACACCCCCCACGGCCCCCACUGGCCCCGCUGUGUACCUCAGCCCCAGCUCCAAGCCCAUGGCCCUAGCAUGA